AUGAGGAUAUCAAUACCAUCCAUUCCAGAGCAAGCGACUCGUGCAACGAUCGAAUACACCCUCGAAAAUGCAACGAACAUGGUGUCCGAGUUCAUCUCCGCCGCCAAAGGAAAGGCGCUCAUCAUGACGGGCGCUGGCGUGUCCGUCGACUCCGGCAUCGCCCCCUAUCGCGGAGAGAACGGACACUAUACGGUUCACACCACAUAUCGUCCUAUUUGGCACUCAGAGUUUGUCGAUAAGACGGAGAAGGGACAUGUCGCAAGGCAGCGAUACUUUGCGCGAUCAUAUCUUGGCUUUCCGCCGGUGCGAGUGGCCAAGCCCAACAUUACCCACCACGCGAUUGCCGCUAUACAGCGGCUAGGCUACGUGCCCGAAUACAUCACGCAGAAUGUAGACAACCUGCACCACGCCGCUACACCAUCAGCCUCGCUAGCUCAGGCUAGUAUUCUUGAGCUUCAUGGAAGCCUAGCAAGGGUGAUCUGCGUCUCUAGUCCCGAUGGCUUCCACAAGGGCAACCAGACCAACCCAGUCGAUCCGGACUUCUACGAUCUCAUGAAGUCAACAACGUACCUUCGAAGACCACGAGCAGUCUCUGUGAGGCCAGAGAACACGCCUACAGGCGCCAACUACCCGCUCGGAUGCGGCUUCGAAGGCUCCCGAGCCGUCUUCCAAGACGAGCUGACCCGGCUGAACCCAGCCUGGGCGGAACUACAACAAGAGAUGGCGCGCACGGGCAAGUCGCCCAAAACGAAUCCGGACGGCGACGUGGAUCUCAACUCGCACAAUGUCGACUACUCGACGUUCAAGUAUCCCUCCUGCCCAAACUGCGGGGGCGUUCUCAAGCCCGCCGUCAUCUUCUUUGGCGAGAGCGUGCCGAAUCAGCUCCGCGAUCACUCGUUUCAAAUGGUCGACAAUGCAAGCGCCAUGCUGCUGGUGGGAACAAGUCUGGCAACGUAUUCCGCGUACAGAUUGGUCAAGCAGGCGGUCGAGGCAAAGAAGCCAGUGAUGAUCCUCAACAAGGGCCCGACGAGAGCGGAUCCCAUCGUGGAGAACAAGAUCGAGCUAGGGUCAAGCGAGGUGCUCCAGGGCGUCGCAAGGAACCUCAGCAAUGGCAGGGAGAAGAACGACAAGGUGCUCCAGAGCUUGUUGUCGAGCGGCGUCACCAUCCGGCCGAACGAGGCGAGCGGUGUCAUUAGCAGUUAG